AUGGGGCCAAUCAAGAAGAAAGGAGAGAGAGGUAAUGCAAAAAAUUUCAUUACCAGAACAAAGGCAAUAAGAAAGCUUCAAAUAUCUUUAGCAGAUUUCCGUAGGUUAUGUAUCUUCAAAGGUAUAUAUCCAAGAGAACCAAGAAACAAGAAAAAGGCAAACAAAGGUUCUACUGCACCGGUUACUUUCUAUUAUACCAAGGAUAUCCAAUAUCUAAUGCAUGAACCAAUUCUUCAAAAGUUCAGAGAACACAAGACAUUUGCUAAGAAAUUGACCAAGGCCUUAGGUAAGGGUGAAAUUGGUGAUGCCAAGAGGUUGGAAGAAAACCGUCCAAUGUAUAAAUUGGAUCGUGUAAUCAAGGAAAGAUACCCAUCCUUCUUGGAUGCCUUGAGAGACAUUGAUGAUGCGUUAAAUAUGAUGUUUUUAUUUGCCAAUAUGCCUGCAACAUCCGUUGUUGGUGCUAAAAUCACCAAGCAAGCUAAUAAACUGACUAACCAAUGGUUGGCUUACGUCGCAAGGGAAAGAGCUUUGAAAAAAGUUUUUGUGUCAAUUAAGGGUGUUUAUUACUCUGCUACUGUAAAGGGUCAAGAAGUUAGAUGGUUGGUUCCCUUCAAAUAUGCACAAAAUAUCCCUUCAGAUAUUGAUUUCAAAAUUAUGCAUACUUUCUUAGAAUUUUACUCUACCCUAUUGAAUUUUGUCUUAUUCAAGCUAUACACUGAUGCCGAGCUAACAUAUCCUCCUAAAAUUAAUGAAAAUAGAUUGAAAGGUAUUGGUGGUUUGUCUGUAUACAUUCUCGAAACUAAUGAACAAAGAUCCUUAGCAUUACCAUCAGAUGCCACGGCUGAUUCAGAAGAACAAGCAGAAACAAAGAUUUCCAGUGAGGAAAUUUCAAGGGCAAUUGCAGCGGACGAGAAGGAGGUUGAACGAGAAAAUGAGCAAAACGAAGAGAAUCAAGAAGACACUGAAGAUGUUGAAACAACCGAACUGGAUGAGUUUAAGGAUACUAAUAAAAAUGCGGGUGAUUCACUAGCACAACCUUCCAAAUACGCCAACCAGGUUAGUGAACUUUUCAGCAAGUUUGUUUUCUACAUUGGUAGAGAAGUACCUGUUGACGUCUUGGAGUUUGUUAUCCUUUCAGCUGGUGGUAAAGUAAUCAGUGAAGCAGCAAUCGAUGAACUCGAAAAUUCUAAGGAUAUCGAUUUGAGUUCGGUGACGCAUCAGAUCGUUGAUAGGCCUAAAGUUUUGAAGAAGGUCCAAGGUAGAACUUAUAUCCAACCUCAGUGGGUAUUCGAUUGUUUGAACAAAAAAACUUUACUAAAUGUUUCAGAUUAUGCACCGGGUGAAACGCUUCCGCCACAUCUUUCACCAUGGGGUGAUGCUGGUACAUAUGAUCCAGAGGCGCCAAUUGAGGAAGAUGAGGAAGAUGAAGAAGAUGAAGACGUUGAUGGUGAAAACGAAGCCCGUAAAGAAGACGAAGAUGAAGAUGAGGAAAUGGAUGAAGAUUUGAGAGAACAAAAAGAAUUAGAGAUGGAAGCAGCUGGUGUUAAGUACUCUGCACUAAAGGAAGGUGAAAAGAAGAAGACGAAUAAGAGAAAACAUGCUGGUGAUGAAGACGAAGAGAAGGAUCUCAAAUUGAUCAUGAUGAGUAACAAGCAACGUAAGUUGUACAAGAAGAUGCAAUACGGCUUAAACAAGCAAGAUACUAGAAAGGCUGAACUUGAAAAGAAACGUAAACUUUUGGCCAAGAAAAAAAAGGAGCUCUCUAAAAUUGAGCAAUAG